GGCAGGACAAUAGUUAUCUUUCACCUUUUAAAUUUAUUUUGUUGCAUUUAAUCAUUAAUUUAAAGUUUUCCUUUGAUAUAGGAAACAAUUUUUAGGUUAAAUAAAAAAAAUUGGGUGGGGGGGUGUAACCCCCAUGGCGGGCCACAGGGGGAGUCACUCGCCUUGAGUUUGUCACGUGAUUUAGAAAGUUUCUGUAACUUGAGAAGCAUUGAUGUUCUAAAAAAAAAAAGAUGUUGCUCAUUUUCAUGUCAGUAACCAGUUCAGUGAAUUUAAUUCUCAUUAUAUUUUUCUCACUGCACACAGAUUGCGACAACAUGGCCACGACUGCAGAUGGCUGCGUUCAGUUCACACGGCACGCAGGCGACGUCCUGCUCAACUUCAACCGGCUCCGCAGCCGAAACCUCCUGACGGACGUCACCAUUCAGGUGGACGGACAGCUUUUCCGCGCUCACAAGGCCAUCCUGGUGGCCUGCAGUGGCUACUUCUAUUCUAUGUUCAUGCGACCUGAGAACAGCAACCUUAAUACCAUUAACUUGGACCCCCAAGUGGACCCUCAAGGUUUCUCCCUCCUGCUGGACUUCAUGUACACGUCCUGCCUGAACCUUAACGACAGUCUGGUUUUGACUACCCUGAACGCGGCUGUCUUCCUCCAGAUGGAGCAUGUAGCGGACACCUGCCACAGGUUCAUCAARGCCAGGCAGCAGUCUCUGGACAUGCAGAUGGAGGAACUGCAGAAUAACUCCUCGUAUAUGACUGAAGAACAAGAUCCAGACUUCAGGAACUUGUCCAGAUCGUCCACCCUGCAGGAGUGUGGCGGUUACAUCCCCAGCGUCUUCAGGGGCAUCAACACCAGCGGGUCCUAUCACGUCUACGGAGACCUUCGUGUUGCUGCCGGGUCUCUGGAGGGUCCCAAGAAGCUGGCUUUCCCCUGCUCCUUCGUCCGACCCGCAGCAGCUCACGGCAGCCUUCGAGACCCCGCCGCUCCCGCAGAGGGAGAGAACAUUCCCCACCCUCAGACUGGCUGUCUCCGAUUGUCCCCGAGCUGCAGCAAAGGUGUCAUUUGCAGUCCCCAAAGCCCCCUCCGGUCUGACUGCCAGCCCAACUCCCCCACCGAGUCCAGCAGCAGCAUCAACGCCAGCCUGGGCCUCAAACAGCCCUCAGACUGCCCCAGAUAUGCCAAGGCCCGCAACUGGAAGAAGUACAAAUUCAUCGUCAUGAACCAGAGCUCGGAGGAGAAGGAGGCUCAGAGAGAAGAGGCAGACUCCCCAUCACCGAGCCCCUCCAGGAGUGAGGCAGCAGCGGGGCGCGGCGAGUCCCAGGGGGAGGAAGACGCCGGCAGCCACAGGGAGGACAUGCCUUCACCUCGGAGUGAACUCAGCUGCAGCAACAGCUGCGACAGUCUCCAUCAGAUGGACACCAAUCACCUGUCUCCUGGCUCCUACAGUUCAGACGAGGCCAUGAAGACGCGCUCAGAUUAUUCCCCCUCCAGCUGUGAAAGUUAUUUCUGCAACGGAUGUGACUCAAAAUUUGCAGAGGAAGAGUCGCUGAAAGACCACAUGGUCCAGGUCCACAGCGACAAACCGUACAAGUGUGACUGCUGCCAGGCCGCCUUCCGCUACAAGGGCAACCUGGCGAGCCACAAGACGGUUCACACCGGCGCCAAGCCGUACCACUGCAACAUCUGCGGCGCUCAGUUCAACCGACCGGCCAACCUGAAGACCCACGCCCGGAUCCACUCUGGAGAAAAGCCCUACAAGUGUGAGACCUGUGGCUCUCGCUUCGUCCAGGUGGCCCACCUCCGCGCCCACGUGCUGAUCCACACCGGAGAGAAACCGUACCCCUGCGAGAUCUGCGGCACGCACUUCCGCCACCUUCAGACGCUCAAGAGCCACAUGCGCAUUCACACAGGAGAGAAGCCUUAUCAUUGUGAAAACUGUGACCUCCACUUCCGACACAAGAGUCAGCUCAGGCUUCAUCUCCGGCAGAAGCACGGUGCGGUCACCAACACCAAAACUCAGUAUCGCAGGUCUCCUGGGAACACGAGCGCAGGACUGAUGGAGUCCUGCUGAGCCCGCUGCAGACUCCUCCCUCAGCUUUGACUUUCUCAAAACACGGACAAAAUCUCACACCGAACACAUGUUGGCCUUGUAGUGGACGCACAUGACCGAACUUCAGAGACUUUUAGGCUUUUCUUUCAAACGGCAGAUAACAGAAUGUACAUUUUGAUUGUGAAAACAAGAUGCUAGAAUGUUCCUCUCCUUCAUGUUGAGAUAAAUUGUUACACUUCAGCUUCAGUUAUUGCCCAGUUAUGUGCUCUUCUGCUUUUUCUGUAAAUAAGAUAAUAUAUAUUUUUCAGAUUGAUACAAA